UUCAUUCGUAGUGUAAAUGGUUUCAUUUUCUUAUGCGUUGUUUUUAUUUUACAUUUAUCUCACGUGUUAAUUUUUCAUUUCACUAUUUUAUUUCAUAAUGUAUAUUAUUGUGAUAUAACAUUAUAAUAUUUUCCAAACAAGUUAUAGUUUAAAUGUAUAAACAGAAAAUAAUACAGAAUGCCUUCAAAAAGGUCUUUAACCUCUUUCCUUACGGGUAUGACAUCCGUCGAUCCGGAUUCCAUUCACUUUUUAAUGUUCGAUGACGAAGAUGUCAAGAAACUGAGUGUGGUUAAAAUAACAAAUAUGACCUCCUUCGAUGCCGUAGGUAAUCCAACUAAAGGAGGUUUGUAUGAUUCUGCUUUAGGACCAGUAAGAGAUCGGUUUGAUGAUUGUGCGACAUGUGGCAAUUCAUUGUUACAUUGCCCUGGCCAUUUUGGUCAUAUAGAACUCCCGUUACUUGUCGUAAAUCCACUUUUUAUUAAGGCUAUAUAUUCACUGUUUCGAAUAAGCUGCCUGAAAUGUUUCAAAAUACAAAUGGAUGAUCGAAUGAAGUUUCUAUUAAAACUUCAAUUGCAAUUAUUGGAUGCUGGCCAUGUAACUGCUGCACUUGAUUUAGAUAAUUUCAUGGGGGAUAUAAAAGAGGUGGACAAGGAAACAGGAAAAGAAAAAACCCACAAAAUCAUAAAGAAGUGUAAAAAGCUGUUAAAAAAUAAAGAUCCAGUUACUGAAGUUUUUCACAACAAAAAUUCGGACAAGUUACGUGCAAAAAUUGUUAGUAAUUAUUUUCGUUCCAUAAAUACAGUCAAGCAAUGUGCUUUUUGUAAAAGUAAGCUAAUCAAAAUCACAACCUCAGAGGGUAAAUUGAUGUACAAUCUUAGCGCUGAUGCUUCUGGCAAGGGAAUGAAAAUAUUGAUGCCUGAUGAAAUAAAAACCUACUGUACCAAUAUAGCACAGAAUGAUGAAGAUAUUUUAAUUCAUUGUAUUCCAAUUCUUCAAAAUACAAAUAAAAAACCUGUUACGGACAUAUUUUUUAUGAGUGUCAUUCCAGUGCUACCAAUUUGUGUUCGACCCUGCAAUAUAUUACAAGGAGAAUUGAUAGAACAUGUACAAACUAAUAUUUAUAAAGCUAUAAUGUCUGUAGCGUUUAACACAAGAGUUGUCUUGCAAGUUUUAUCAGCUUCUGAUCACCAAAAAGCCAUAGAUGGCUUAGAUAAAAAACCAAGAAGCGCAUAUGAAAGUAUUGCAGGUAAAACACCAGCAGAGAAGUUGCAUUCUGUUUGGCAGGAAUUGCAAAGAAAUAUUAAUUUAUUAUUGAGCUGUGAAAGUCAGGGUUUGUCUAGUCAAGGUCUAAAACAAAUUCUUGAAAAGAAAACUGGUUUAAUUAGAAUGCACAUGAUGGGCAAAAGAGUAAAUUUUGCAGCUAGGUCAGUUAUCACACCUGAUCCAAAUGUAGACAUUGAUGAAAUAGGAAUUCCAGAUGCUUUUGCCAAAAAACUUACAUACCCUGUACCUGUGUCAGAAUGGAAUGUUGAGGAACUAAGAAAAAUGGUAAUAAAUGGACCGAAUGUGCACCCUGGUGCUGAAAAAAUAGAAUUUGAGAACGGGAGGAUUGUCAGGAUUUCACCAGAUUCAAUUCAUAAAAGAAGAGGUCUUGCAAAAAUAUUAUUAACACCAGAUGAGAUUAAGACACCAGGAUUAAAAAUUGUGCAUAGACAUUUGGUGAAUGGUGAUAUAAUGAUAAUGAACCGUCAACCCUCACUCCAUAAACCAAGUAUGAUGGCUCAUAGAGCAAGAAUUCUCAAAGGAGAGAAAACAUUAAGGUUGCAUUAUGCAAACUGUAAAUCAUAUAAUGCUGAUUUUGAUGGUGAUGAAAUGAAUGCACAUUUCCCACAAAAUGAAGUUGCAAGGGGUGAGGCCUAUAAUAUAAUGUCUGUUCGGAAACAAUACUUAGUACCAAAAGACGGUACUCCUUUGAGUGGUUUAAUUCAAGAUCAUGUAAUUUCUGGAGUUAAAAUGUCACUAAGGGGUAAAUUUUUUUCAAAAACAGAUUAUCAACAACUAGUUUUUCAAGCUUUAACAAAUCACAGAGGUAAUAUAAAGCUUCUUCCACCAACAAUAAUUAAACCAAUAAUGCUUUGGUCAGGGAAACAAGUUUUAUCCACUAUUAUUAUCAACACCAUACCUAAGGGAAAACCAUACUUGACUUUAAUUGGGAAAGCAAAAAUUAAUUCCAAAGCUUGGCAGAAAGAGCCACCAAGACAGUGGAAAGCAGGGGGCACAAAAUUUAUUGAUUCAAAUACAAUGUCUGAGGCAGAAGUUAUAAUAAGAAAAGGAGAACUUUUAUGUGGAGUGUUAGAUAAGACCCAUUAUGGUGCAACACCCUAUGGCUUAGUUCAUUGCAUGUAUGAGCUUUAUGGAGGUGACAGUUCUAGUGCCCUAUUGAGUUCAUUUUCAAAAGUGUUUACUUUUUAUUUACAAUGGGUAGGAUUUUCACUGGGCGUCAAAGACAUCCUCGUUGUAAAAGAGGCUGAUAGUAAACGCGACGAUUACAUCUGUUUAGUCAGAGAUUCAGGUAGAGUUGCAGCCAUUAAGGCUACAAAUCUACCAGCAGAUAUUGAUGAUGAUAAAUUAAAAGAUACAAUUGGGGAAAUGUACACCAAAGAGCCCAAAUUCAGAGCCAAUUUGGAUCGGCAAUAUAAAAGUAUGCUUGAUUCAUAUACAAACAAUAUAAAUAAAGUCUGUUUAUCUGAGGGUUUACUAGAAAAAUUUCCAUACAAUAAUUUACAACUGAUGGUUCAGUCUGGUGCCAAAGGAUCAACUGUUAAUACUAUGCAGAUAUCUUGCCUACUAGGUCAAAUUGAGUUGGAAGGUAAAAGACCUCCUCUGAUGAUAUCAGGGCGCUCCCUUCCAAGUUUUCCUCCAUAUGACAUUUCUCCUAGGUCUGGUGGAUUUAUUGACGGUCGAUUCAUGACUGGAAUACAACCACAGGAAUUUUUUUUCCAUUGUAUGGCUGGUAGAGAAGGUCUCAUUGAUACCGCUGUAAAAACUAGUCGUUCAGGUUAUUUGCAGAGAUGCUUAAUCAAACAUUUAGAAAGUUUAAGCGUAGCAUAUGAUCAUACUGUUAGAGAUUCAGAUGGAAGUGUUGUUCAGUUUGCAUAUGGAGAAGAUGGACUUGAUGUUUUAAAAUGUCAGUACCUCAAAGAAAGUCAAUUGGAAUUUCUUGAUAUUAAUUCAAAUGCAGUAGUUGGAAAGUCUACAAUAAAGAAGCUCAAAGAAGACACGGAUCUAAAAACAAUAACAAAAUCAUACAAGGCACUGAAAAAAUGGAAAAAGAAAAAUGGAAAUCCGCUGCAAAAAACACGUAAUAGUGGAUUUGCUCAGUUUUCCAUUCAAGCUAAAAAUGAUAUGACACUUGAUAAGAAACCAACGGAUCAAACAAGAGAUCAAUAUUAUUGGGAACUUGAAAAAAUGUGGCGCGAAUUAGAUGAAGAUGAAAAACAACAAUAUGUAUCAAAGUCGUGUCCAGAUCCAAUACCAAGCAAAAUUUCUCCUCAAUGCAAGUUUGGUGUUAUAAAUGAACAAUUAGAUGGCAUAAUUCGGAACUACUUGAAAAACCGUAAAGAAAAUUUGUAUGAUACUUACACAGAGAAAGACAAAUUCAUGGAAGUAAUGAAUGCCAAAUACAUGGCUUCUAUGGUCGCUCCUGGUGAACCAGUAGGACUAUUAGCCGCUCAGUCUAUCGGAGAACCAUCUACCCAGAUGACAUUGAAUACUUUUCAUUUUGCCGGUCGAGGUGACAUGAACGUUACUCUAGGUAUUCCUCGACUCCGUGAAAUUCUUAUGACAGCAUCAGCCAAUCUAAAAACUCCAAAUAUGGAUAUACCAUUCCGAUCUGAUGUUCCAAAUGUACAGAAGAAAGCUGAACGUCUCAGACAAAAAUUAAAUAGGGUUAAUGUGGCAGAUGUUUUAGAAAAGAUAGAUGUUCUAGGUGAAGUAGUGACAGAACCGGAAAGAAAAUUGAAAACAACGAUGCGUUUUACAUUCUUGCCACAUUCUCAGUAUAAGACUCAAUACUCAGUGAAACCACCACAGAUUAUAAAACAUAUGCAAAAUAAAUUCUUUACGGAGAUGUUCGCCAUUGUAAAGAAACACGCAAAAACGACUUGUGGUGUGUUGUGGUCAUCUGAGAAAGAAAAGAGACAGCGUCAAGCCAGAAAUGAUAGUGAGGAUGAAGAAAAUCCUGCUGAUACUGAUGAGAAGGGAGCAGAUAUUAAAGCUGUAGAUAGCUCUGAUGAUGAAGGACCUAACGAAGAUGAUGACAAUACUGAUGCAAAUAUUCGAAAGAAAAGGUCAGAAGAACAAGAAUAUGAAGACCCUGAAUCUGAUGAGGAGGAGAAAUCUGAUGACGAAGUAGAAUUGGCGGAUGAGCCAACCAAGAAUUUGGAAGACGAAGAGCCGACAGAGGCAUUAGAUGAGACACACGACAAGAUUUCUAAUGAGGUUAUCAGCAACGUCAAGAAUGCCACUAAUUACACAUACGAUAUGAAACAUCACAGAUGGUGUGAACUGACAGUGCUAUUUCCUAUAACAUUCUUAAGAGUGGAUUUGUCUCAGGCGCUUCGCGAUGCUGCCAUGAAGUCUGUUAUCUACGAGAUCAAAAAUAUCAAAAGAGCCAUCACCAACAAAGAGAAAGACGUUUGGUAUAUUAAAACUGAAGGCAUAAACAUACUGCAGAUGUUUAAAUAUAAUCACCUCUUGGAUCUGAACAAACUGUACAGCAACGAUAUUCACGCGAUUGCAAACACUUACGGCAUAGAAGCGGCUAACAAAGUAAUUAUAAAAGAGAUCCAGAAUGUAUUCAACGUGUACGGUAUCACUGUAGAUCCGAGACAUCUAACACUAAUAGCAGAUUAUAUGACAUUCAACGGCAUAUUCGAGCCGAUGAGCAAGAAGGGAAUGGAAUCUUCAACUUCACCUCUACAGCAGAUGUCGUUCGAGUCGUCUUUGAUAUUUUUAAAAGAUGCUGUUUUGAAUGCGAAAAAAGACAAUCUACGAUCUGUAUCCAGUUGCCUGAUGGUGGGGCAGCCAUGUCGUAGCGGUACUGGUGCUUUCGGCUUACAGCAUUAUACUAAAAUUACAUAGUCAUAAAUGUAAAUUUUACAUAGAAACAUGUACAUAGUGAUUAUUGUACUAUUGUAAAUGUGUGUACACUUUGUAAAAACAUUUACACAGUGACUACUAAUUCCUAUUAGUUAUUACUAUAAGAAAUAUUAUUUUCAAUUUGUUUUGUUUAUUAUUCUUGUAUUCAUGUUUAUAUAGUAUAUUAAGUUAAAUGAAGCAAGAUAUGUUUUUAAAUUAGGAUAUUAAGAAUAAUCGCUACUGAUUUCUAUUAGUUAUUACAAUGUUAUAUAAAAUAUAAUAUUAUUUCCAA